GACGCGGCGGACGCGGCGCUUGGCGGCCGGAGCAAAGCGAGCCCCGCGCAGACGGCCGUAGCGGGACAGAGGGACGCGCGGGAGACGGUGUCGCCAUGUCGCACGGCCACAGCCACGGCGGAGGCGGCUGUCGCUGUGCCGCCGAGCGAGAGGAGCCUCCCGAGCAGCGCGGCCUGGCCUAUGGCCUGUACCUGCGCAUCGACCUGGAGCGCCUGCAGUGCCUCAACGAGAGCCGCGAGGGCAGCGGCCGCGGCGUCUUCAAGCCGUGGGAGGAGCGGACCGACCGCUCCAAGUUUGUUGAAAGUGAUGCAGAUGAAGAGCUUCUGUUUAAUAUUCCAUUUACUGGCAAUGUCAAGCUAAAAGGCAUCAUUAUAAUGGGAGAGGACGAUGACUCACAUCCCUCUGAGAUGAGACUGUAUAAGAACAUUCCACAGAUGUCAUUUGAUGAUACAGAAAGGGAGCCAGAUCAGACCUUUAGUCUGAAUCGGGAUCUUACAGGAGAAUUAGAGUAUGCUACAAAAAUUUCCCGUUUUUCAAAUGUCUAUCAUCUCUCGAUUCAUAUUUCAAAAAACUUUGGAGCAGAUACCACAAAGGUCUUUUAUAUUGGCCUGAGAGGAGAAUGGACUGAGCUUCGCCGACACGAGGUGACCAUCUGCAAUUAUGAAGCAUCGGCCAACCCAGCAGACCACCGGGUCCAUCAGGUUACCCCACAGACACACUUCAUUUCCUAAGGGCUGGCCCGGGCUCCCUCAGAAGUGCUGCCGGUGAUGAUAUGUGACCAUCUGCUGGGAAGGAUGACAAUGAGGCUCCAGCAAGAGUUGCCUGCCACACUUCGGCCAGGCUUUGUCUUUGGGGUUGUGCAAAAACCUGGCCUGCAGAAGACAGCACACCACUAGGAGUAGUAUGGGUGUCAAGGGACAUGAUGGUUCUCUAGGGCACUGAAGAAGUUGGGUCUUAGGCUGUGUGGUAUCUGGCAGUUGUGGAUAAUGCUUGCUUUUCCAGUCAGUAUUGGCCAUGGGAUCCCAAGUGUCUUGUUGCUUUGUGGCAGGAUUUUUGUGUGACAUGUUUUUUAAAAAUGGAAACAUCUUGGGCUGCAGGAGUCCUUCCGCAAGUUUGGGUUUGUGUUUGUAUUAACCAUCAUGAGGGUCUCCAGCUAGAAGCACAUGUUCCUGCUUGCUCCUUUUCCCUAUUACUGCUUAGCAUUCUUGUCAAGUUGCCCAGCUUGGAGUUGUCAUCACACACAAGCGUCCCAUGGCAAUAGCUGGAAAGGCAGAAGUCUCCUGAUGGUGUGUGAUCCCUUGUGGGGAAGGUCGUCUUUCCUACUGCCUAGCUAAGCAAUCUGGGGAGAGCAUGGGAAUUGUUUCUAUGUCUGUGGGAAACCUGGUUGGGUAAGACUGAGACUUAGUUAAGAUUCCCUCCCGGAGCCUCCUUAAUGUUUAUUAGCUUCUAACUUGUGUUGUAAGCCCAGUGCCAGAAUUUGGAGGUCUCUAGAGUUCUGUUCAUGGCUUUUAUUCACUGUGACUAAUAAGCUUCCUAAUAAAUCCUUGCCAGGCUUAAUGUUUGUAUUUUUGUUUGAAUUUUUGGUAGUACUGAUGAAACUUUAAUUUUACUGGGAACUAUAUUAAACCUUGAAAUUUUUUUGUUGUUUUGAUCUAGGUAGCUCAUAAGUGCCGCAAUUAAAUAAAGACUAGAUCAGUUUCUUCAGAAAAGGUGAAGCGUAAUUCUGUACCAUGUAGCAAAACUAUUCCUAGUUCCACAUUUCAUGAAGAGGAUGCUGGGAUUCAAAAUCUGUAUUCCAUUUCUUAUGAAGGGAAAUAGUCUGUUGAAUGACAUUUCCAAAAACAAAGGAGGACAGAUGCCGGAGCAUAGCAGAGGUGAGGGUGAGCAGCACAUUCUGCCUAAAGGUACACCAAAGACUUUGGCCUUUAAUUUGAAAGUACAUAAUUGAAGAGAAUUUAAGUAUCUGAAAAGCGGAUUUGAGACAGUCUGUAUUCUCUCCCUUGCAGAAAGUACGAAAAGUUGAUGAGGGGAAUAAGUUCCACAUCUGAUCCUAUUGACAGAGUUCCUCUGAGGGACAGGCCCACACUCUUCAGGAGGUUGUCAUUUUCUUCAGCCUGUCCUUAUCUUUGUCAGGCCUCAAAAUUCUAAAAUUCAGUCUGAAGUCAACUAGAAUGAAAAUGCAGUUCCUGGUG